AUGACGACCCAUGAGCUUGAAGCGACUGGUGACGUGGAGAACCACGUGAGGGUCAUCCACCGGCAGCUGCACCGACUGGGCAUCCCCAUCCCUCUCUCCUCCACCGGCGGCGGUGGCAGUGGCAGUGGCAGCAGCGGCGGCGGCGGCGGUGGCGGUGGCGGUGGCGGUAGCGGUGGCGGUGAUGAUGGCGGAGGGCUGGCGAGUGGCUCGCCUGCGGUGGUGCUGCCUAUCUUGGGACACCUCGGACGGAGUCUCUUGGGCAUUCGGCCUCGGCUCUCUGCGGCACAGUUUUUUGCGCCGGGCUUUGUAGAGCACAAGCUGCUCUUCCUUCGCGCCAUCCUUGAUGCCAUUGUCCAGAUGGACGCUGAUCUUGCAAGAGACGCCGGCGAGCUACCGUUGACAAAGCUCCGCCAGCCGCGUCGUCGGCGCAUCGUCGCUGCUCCGGAGCUGGCUCGAUCUGCUGAUCCGCAUCCGGAUGCCAUUGCUUAUCCUCCGCUGCCGGCUGCCGAGGUCGUUGCUCACGCCACGCGCCAUGAGGCGACUACAGGCCAUGGGUCCGAGGUCGCAGCACGGGCAGCGUUCGCCAGCGUCGAGCUACAGGUGGCGGGCGACGAGCCCGUGGCCCCGCGGCAGGCGCCGCCACCCACUCCCGUCACCCCGCCGCGGCUCCAAGAAGUCCCACCAUCCCCGCCGCCCGAAGCGGGCACCGCCGAUCCGGACGCUGCCGAUGCGGGCACCGACCGGUACUCGGUCCAGCGGCUGCUGGCGACGCUUGUAGGGCACGUUGAUAGCCUUUCCGACCGGUUCGGCCAGCUGGAGCAGCGGGUCGACUCGGCACUGGACAACGUGCUUGCCCGCGUGUCCAUGGUCGAGGGUCGAGUGGCGCGGUUGGAAGAAGUGCGCGCCAUCGAGGGCGAGGCGAGCCCACGGAGGGCGCCGGCGCCAUCGCCGGCGCCGGCGCUGGCGACGACGGCUCCUCUACCGGCACAGUCCGAGCCGCCACGAUCGGGCGCCAUGCUUGCGGCGCUGCAGGCGCGAUACGAGGAGCGGCAACGCGUGCUGAACGCGUGCAAGACCUCGCUCUCGCCUCGAAAGUGAUCAUUGGAGCGGGUGUUUACAAAUAUAGAGUGGCCACCUCCUUGUAGCCUGUUGCGGAGCGUAGACCUCGCGCCAAGCGAGCUUACUGCUUGAGAAAAGUGCCGAGCCAUGUGAUAAUGGACAGGAGGAAGGCGAGCGGCCGGUCGGUCAUGCAGCUCGAGAACUCUUGCGAGUUUGGGAUGGAGCGGAGCAUGUCCGGAGUAAUGACGCCGGCGUCGCCCGGGCCAACGACGCCGCGGACCCCGCCGCGGUUCUCGAUCUCGUCGGCGAUC